AUGCAACAGGCAGUGGACUGUCUCUGCAGCAUCAAGGGCGAAUCAUCCCAGCAGUCCCUUGUGCAAGCUGUGAUGAGGUCCCUUGCGCUGCGAGGGUGUGGGGACGGCGCCUCACGCUACAUCUUUCACAGAGAUGAGGACAUUUACUUAGCAUGCUGCAUGCUGAUCGACGUCUGUCUCCAUCCUAGUGCUGGAGAUCAUGACGUGGCGCUGCGUUUCCUUGCCACCAUCUUCCAAUGGCAGGAAGAGUCCAAUGGAGAGAAUGACUCGGCGCAUCUCGUCGUUUGCAGUCUCCUGCCCUCUAUCUUGCUCACGUACUGGGCUGUUCUCAGUGAGGACAGGCAUGCUCCCUUGCUCUCAGCACUUGAGGCUCUGCUAGUUGGCAUGUACAACUUGGAGGUCCUUGUGCUCAAGAGUUGA